GAGCACAGAAAUGUCACCGUCCUAAACCAGGAGCCAGAAGAGGAAACAGCACCGUUGAGAAAACUUCGGGAAAAAUGGAAUAAAAAUCAUGAGGAGAUAGUUUAUAGACGCACCAGUCGCUGCAUCAACGAACGAUCACAUGGAUUUUAACCGCUAUACGCAUUGGUAUUUGAAGCCGAUAAUGGUGUAUUGUAUAGACGACUUUUUAAAUUCCAUGCCAUUCCAUUGAAAGUAGGAAUUUAACUCAUGGAGAAAGGACCAAGUCGGGAGUCAUGAGCUCAGGUGUGAAGAAGCCACCAGUGGCUCCUAAACCCAAACUCACACCCUCUGCCAAACCAUCACCUCCUCCCAUCCCCCCUAAACCAGACCUGCCCCUCUCACAGCCCUCCGUCCUAUCCCAGCCCUCUCCUGCCGCACUGAAGAGAGCUAAACCUGUCGUGGCACCAAAACCAUGCCUUUCUAAAAACCCUGCCCCCUCAGUUGCCCUCCCCAAACCCAGUGUGCCCAACAUCUCUACUCAGGAACAAUGUGGGGCUGAAGAGGACAACCUCUCCCUCCUCAAUUCCAAAAACGGGAUUGUGGAGCCCAGCCGUUGCCACUCAGACUACAUCAUUCCGAUUUGUUCCUGUGGGCUCCAGGAAUGCUUGCCGUGCCAACGACUAGGGAAUGGAAGUGGAAAUUCCACGGAGAUCAGAAGUGAUGUCCACAGCCUGUGUCAGAAUGGAAACUCCACAGAAGGUUCCAGAACGCUGGUGACCAGACAGCAAGUCAACACAGACAAUGGGGAAGAGACCGUAGGGGGACAGAUGGGUGGAGGGGUGAUCAACAACCCCAAGCACAAGGACAAACCUCAGAGGCCUGAGAGGCACAGGAACCUAGAGAAAGGACAGGCGACAACAGAGGGACAGAGGAGCGAGCAACGACCGCAAGGAGAACAGGAGGUCCUGAGGGGUCAGUCUGGCUUGGUUGACCACUUACAUGCUUCUCCAGAGGGGCCAGAUACCGAGACCCGCUCUGAGGCUCCUAAAGAACACACUGACAUAGACACCUGUAACACAGACAAUAUUGACACCAAUAAGAUGGAUGUUGUCUCCCCAGCUCUCUGCCCUGCUCCUCGGACUGCUUCCCCUACUCUCCCCCCUCCUCCUCAGCAGCCUUCCCUCUCUACCACCUCUCCUGAGGCUGACAGACAGCCCGACAGUCCUCCCCCCCAUAUACGCAGCAGGGCUCAGGCUCCCAGGUUGCCACCCAGCCAGUAUCUCCCUGCAGCCCCCAGUAAGCCCCUACCGGUGCCUCUGCCACGCAAACCUAGGAAGCUCGCCCUGGUGAGACAGGUUGGCCUGGAGGGCAGCACCCAGGAGUCGGCGACAGAGGAACGCAUGCAGGUGAAUGAGGCUGGGGACACUGGGGGGAGCGAGGGUCCGGUCCUCAGCCUUGUAGGUGUUGAACACACAGAUGGGUUGUCUGAAGACUCUCCACCCAUUCAGGACUUGGAGGAACCUGAUGCGCCUAUGCCCCCGCCUCGACAAAUGUCCCUCUCCCCACGCCUCCACAGAGUGUCAUACUUGGCCCCUUGCCUCAACAGGAACACCUCCCACUCUCUGGACCUGCUCUCUCAGCAGGAGCCGUCCGCACUGACCCCCGAGGGGAAAGGUGAUGUAGAAGAUGAGAAAAACGAAGAGGAAGAGGAUGGGUAUGGCGACUUUGAGCGUUACCCCAUCACACGCAGUCUACCCAAACAGAUCAAGCUCAGCUGCCACCCGCCUCUCGCCACAGCACGGAAAGCCAGCUCCAUGGAGGAGAGCUCCCCCAGGGCCCCGCCCAGGAAGCCUCAGAGACACAGCUUGCCCGCACCGGCCCUCCUGUCCAUCUGCCCCCCAGCCCCUCCACAUGCCAACACCCCCAUGAGGGAACUCCCUGCACCCCCCCAGGAGAAGGCAGGCUGGCGCUUCCCCCGGCCCAGCGUGACCUUCUUCAGCAGACAGGUGUCCAGCAGGAGCAGUGUGCCCCCCCAGGCUCGAGUGCCGCUGGGGGGGAAGCAGAGGGCACAGUCCUUCUCCGCAGCUGACCUGGCUCGCACAGAUGGCCAGAAGAGGAGCCUCUCCUUCCGGAAGCUCCUAGAGCUCCCACUGUCUGUCAAGAUGCUACCAAAGCUCCUGGUUAGAGGGGGGCAGUCUCUGGACUGUACCAGCGCAGAGCCAGAUAGGGGGGAGAACACUCUGGAGCAGCCUAAUGGCAGCAUGGGGGUGCCAAACGGGAGUGGGGAUGUGGGAGAAGGCUUGGUGGAGUACGAGAACGUUCCUUUGUAUGAGGAGAUACCGGAGUACAUGAAUCUGCCUUUCCACAGCGCACGGCUGGGCUGGAAACACAGUUUGGAUGACCUAGACACACACACCGAUGUCUACGAAGUGCAAGAUCUCUAUGAAAGCCCUGGCAACUAUGAGAGAUCGCAGGGCAGUGAUUAUGAGAGGGCCUGGCUGAGGCAGGACGGCCCGCAGUCAGAGGAGGAAGGCCACAGCUCCGACGAAGAUGACAACAGCUCCACCUCCAGCAAAGAACACCUGGACCCAUUAGAAGAUAAACAGCAGGAGGAUGAGGUGAAGAGGAGGAAGGUCGUUCACAUAGCCCAGGAGAUCAUGAGCUCGGAGAAAGUGUUUGUGGAUGUUCUGAAACUACUUCACAUAGAUUUCCGGGACGCAGUUGCCAAGGCGACACGUCAGAAUGGGAAGCCGGUUGUUGAGGAGCGUAUUCUCAACCAGAUCCUGUACUACCUGCCUCAGCUCUAUCAGCUCAACAGAGAUCUGCUUCGGGAGCUGGAGGAGAGGGUGGCUCACUGGUCAGAUCACCAGAGACUGGCAGACAUCUUUGUCCAGAAGGGGCCUUACUUGAAGAUGUACUCCACGUACAUCCGCCAGUUUGACAACAAUGUCGCCCUUCUGGACGAACAGUCCAGGAAAAACGCUAGCUUUGCUGCAGUCGUUCGAGAAUUUGAGAUAAGUCCCCGAUGUGCCAGUCUAGCUCUGAAACACUACCUGCUCAAACCAGUUCAGAGAAUUCCCCAGUACCAGCUGCUACUGACAGAUUACCUGAAGAACCUACCUGAGGACUCCUCUGAUUAUAAAGACACACAAGCUGCUUUGGGUAUCGUGAAGGAAGUGGCCAACCAUGCUAACGACAUCAUGAAACAAGGGGAUAAUUUUCAAAAGCUGAUGCAAAUCCAGUAUAGUCUGAAUGGUCAUCAUGAAAUUGUGCAGCCUGGCAGGGUGUUCCUGAAGGAGGGCACUCUGAUGAAGCUGUCCAGAAAGAUCAUGCAGCCUCGUAUGUUCUUCCUGUUUAAUGAUGCCAUGCUGUACACCACUCCAGUCCAGUCUGGCCAGUACAAACUCAACAGCAUGCUGUCUCUAGCAGGCAUGAAGGUCAGCAAGCCCAGUCAGGAGGCGUAUCAGAACGAGCUGAACAUCGAGAGUGUUGAACGCUCCUUCAUCCUCUCUGCCAGCUCAGCUACAGAGAGGGAUGAGUGGCUGGAGGCUAUUGCCAAGGCGAUAGACGACUACACCAAGAAAAAGAUAACAUUCACAUCCAGCCGCAGUCAGGAGGAGUCUGAUGGUGUGCUGGACAGUGGGGCUCCACUGGGCUCCAAGGCUCCUAUCUGGAUCCCAGACCUGAGAGCCACCAUGUGUAUGAUCUGCACCUGCGAGUUCACCCUCACCUGGAGACGACAUCACUGCCGUGCCUGUGGGAAGGUCGUGUGCCAGACAUGCUCCUCGAAUAAAUACUAUCUAGAGUACCUGAAGAAUCAGCCUGCACGUGUAUGUGACCACUGUUUUGCCAAACUGCAGGAGAACAGCGACCGCUGUGCGUCAGCAGCAGUGUCGCCCAGUGGGAAGUCUGCAGCGUUCUCUUUCUCCAGGAAACAGAAGAAGAUCCCCGCUGCACUCAAAGAGGUAUCUGCAAACACAGAGAACUCCUCUAUGAGUGGCUACCUACAGAGGUCUAAGAGCAACAAGAAGCAGUGGAAGAGGCUGUGGUUUGUCAUCAAGAACAAAGUCCUGUACACCUACGCUGCCAGCGAGGAUGUUGCUGCCCUGGAGAGCCAGCCAUUACUGGGCUUCUUCCUUCGGGAGGAAAAGUAUGGACCCUUCCAGAAGUUGCAGUUUAAAUUGUACCAUAAAAACACCCUGUUCUACAUCUUCAAAGCUGACGAUAUCCCCACAGCACAGAGGUGGAUAGAGGCUUUUCAGGAGGCCAUGAUUCUGUAACAUAGCCAUCGUGGAUCAGUACCUGUCAACUCCUGCCCAACACCUGGAGCCAGUUCAAUCAACAAUCUACCCUUACCACAGGUCAGGGGUCACCAGCUCAGGAAGCUGUCACCAUACCCUGGGUGGAGUCCUGUCACUCCAGAUGUCCCCACCGUCCUGCCAGACACUGCCACCGUCAGUGGUGCCCAUAGCAGGCAGCACUGUAUUUGUAUUUUUAUCAUGAUCAAUUCGUUUUUUAAAACAGGGCAUUGUUGUGUUAGCAUUAUUAUUUACUUUUCUUCCAAGAGCCGCCCUGACAAACAAGCGGUCAAGCCAUGCUGAGAGGUAAUGAGUGUUCUCAGGCUGCUGGAGCUGCAGCUCUAAGGCAAGUGGUAGUGAUGCGUCACAGCUGUGGGUCAAAGUUCAAGUCCAGAAGUGUGUGUGCGAAAGUGUCAUUGGUUUAUUGUUGGAGGGCGGUGUGCUACCUUUAGUCAGGUUCCUACUGCCACUUUAAAUCCUUGAAUGACUUUGAGGAUAGUUAUGACUGGGUUUUAAGAAGAAAUUUGUUUUUUCUUUGUUUUGAAACUAAAUAUGGUGCACGUUAUCAACGUAGUAUUUGCCAAGAAUCCAAUGAGAACACAGGAUCCAUCCACUUUGAAAUGAGCACCUUGUUAUAACAUACUCUUAACUGAGGAAAUAGACUGAAAUAACAUGGACAAUGACAUCCGUGGCAUCCUUUAAUGGGGAAUUAUGAUAAGGCUUUGAUGUAUUGUUAGGGAUUGGAUUCAACUGUGAAACAAUUUGAGACAGAAAAUGGGUAUUAUGUUUGUAAAAAAAAAAGCUAAAGGAAUAAGUCUCUAUCUGAGAUUCUGUUUAUAAAGUGCCUCUGUUAGUCUUGCAAUACAAUUAACAUAUGUAUAAAAUGGUAUACUGGAGAAAACUGGAAAUCACAUUAAUGUAGAUUUUAACUACAUGCCAUUAAGUGUUUAAAUAUAUUUUAGACAAUCACCACUGAUGUGGUCUUAUCAAAAUUGGGAGUGUAACAUUUAUCUUUCUUGUCAGGGUUAAUAUUUAUAGUUUUGUACAUUUCUCAUUGUCCAUAAUUUUGUUAUCAUAUGAAUUACAUGUAUUUGCCAUGACAUUUGUAAAAGCACAGGUUGCCUCACUAGUUUUUUUGUUGUAAAUGUAACAAAAUAUAUUGUUGUGGCAGUUUUUUAAUAUUUUAAUCCAGUACUUCCUCUAAUUUUAUUAGCAAAAUUAGAUGGUUUCACAAAGAGGUUGUUUACAAAAAACGUUUCCUAGUCUUUUGUUGCAGAGAUGGUUUGGAUCUUCUUAGAAAAAAUGCAUGAUCAUCAAAGGCCAUAUUUGAAUUGAUAACUAGGGACCAAAUGAAAAUAUCGGUUUCUUUUACAUCCGUGCCUUAAGUAUUAUAUGAUGCUGCACCAUCAUACAGUUACUGUAUGUUGUGCCUUUAACUCCCUGGCUUAGUUCCAGGCAUAAGUUGGCCUGCUUUUGUCAAUUAAGGAUGUAAAUACCCAUAAUGUAUUUAAGUGUAAUUUGACAGAAGUCAGAUGUACUAAUCAGGUUGCCAUAAUUUGCACUACUCCAUUGUGGCCUGGGAAAUUAAGUUUAUUACACUGAUGGAGAAUAAAACUACAAAUAAUUUAAAGUGUCUAAUAUUCACCCUUUUCUAGAAUAGAUCCUAAUCAUACAUUUGCAGCUACAUUGUCUACUGUAUACAAUGUUUUUACGUAACUGUCAGGCAACAGUUUUUAAUAAAACUCCAAGUCCUUU